AUGGUUAACAAUGGUCCCAGAAGAAGAAAUAGCAAAAUAAAUGAGGAUGAAGUCACUGGCAACUUUGCCAGAGAUGAAGAUGAGAUUAGAAGUCAAGUAAACAGAAGUAACAGUUUGCCAAUCUCCAACCUUUCCAAGCACUUGAAAUUUGCAGUGAAUAGUUUGAAACUGAAAAUUAAUGAUAUUUCCAAAGCAGCAGAGAAAGUUAACAGAGUCAUAGAGAUAAUUAUUAAGUCUGAGACUACUAAAAGCCACCCACUAUUUAAGAGCAUUGAGAAAAUGUCUACAGGAAGCUACUACGAAGGCGUCAAGAUAUCAAACCCAAAUGAAUUUGACAUCAUGCUGAACAUUUCAUUUGAGAGUUACCAAACAAUUGACUUGACAAGUAUUGAUGACAGUGGUGCUUUCUACAUGCUAGCAUUUAGAAAACGGAAACCACCAGCCAUGGCUUCAUAUAUCGAUGAUGAAGGAAAUAUACUGGCCAAACAUAUUUUGGAUGAAUUCAGAACUCUGGUCAAUAAUGUCCUUAAACAGUCAGCAGGCAAACCAGCUUCCUUAGAGAGGAAAAGCCCUUCAAGCCCAGCAAUUACUCUGACUAUUCCUAAUAAACCUGAAAAUAUAUCGGUGGAUCUAGUUCUUGCUAUUCAAAUACGACAAUGGCCCGAAAAUGCAAGCAAUGGAAUGAAUAUUGACAGCUGGCUUGGCACAAAGGAAAAACAAAAAUAUAGAAAAGAGCCAUGCUACAUGGUAGCCAAACAAAAAGACAAAAAAGGUAAGAUGUAUGAUUAUACCUGGCGUAUUUCCUUUUCAAAUAUAGAAAAGGAUAUAUUGAGUCAUCACGGAAGUGCAAAAACAUGCUGUGAGCGUCAAGGACCCAUGUGCUGCAGGAAACAGUGUCUUAAACUGAUGAAGUAUAUAUUGGAACAACUCAAGUUGAGAGGAAAUCGACGAAUGAAUCAAUUUUGUUCGUAUCAGGCAAAGACUGCCCUACUACAUGUUUGCGUUCAGUACCCAAAAGAUGAAGACUGGAAGUGGGAAGACCUGGAUAUCUGCUUCAGUAGAUAUGUUGAAUCCUUUCAGAAAUGUCUAAAAAUGUAUUCGCUUUCUAAUUUUUUCAUACCUUCCCACAACCUUUUUAGUCCAAAUGAAGUUGAUAAAGCAAGCUGCAACUACCUUUUUGAAGAGUUAGAAAAGGAAAAGGUUAAAAACUAUCCAAUAUUUUUAAGCAGAACACAGCAGUCCACAGGUACUCCCAAGCUGUCACUGGAUGAUGAAGGAGCUCAGGGAUAUAAUUAA